CCCACACCUCCACCAUCGCAACGGAAAACACCAAUCAAUGGCAAAACUCGGCGUGCUCGCACUCACCUUCGCCGCGCUUAUCGCAUGUACCUCAGUUUCCGCCUUUAGAACAACCUUCUUCACCACCACCAUCGAGGAUGAUGACAACGUCGUGCUCACAAGAAGCUCCCGAGAGCAACAGAGUUGCGGCAAGGAAAUCCAGUCGGAGCAGUUAAACGACUGCCAGAAGUACCUAGAGCAAAACUCCCCGUACGUCGGCGAGGUGCUGGAGAUGACCGUCGAGGACCCGAGAAAACAGCACGAAAAGAAACAACUUGAGCAGUGCUGCAGAGACCUCCGCAAUGUCAAAGAGGAGUGCCAGUGUGAGGCUGUGCAGGAGGCGUUCCGGCAAGCCGAGAAGCAGCAACAGCAAGGUGGAAGCCGCCAUGGUUCGCAGCAGGAACGGCAACAACGACAGAUUCUGCAGAAAGCUCAAAACCUCCCAAGUGAAUGUCGUUUGAAAGUUCAGCAAUGCCGGAUCCGAUCUCCAUGGAUCUAAAUGUAUAUGAACCGGUGGUCGGUUCUGUGAUAAUAAAGUUGUGGGAAUAUUCCGAUUCACUGUGGUGGUCGGAGUGAUGAACUCAUAUAAAUAAUAAUAAACACGUUCAAGUA